UUUUGAGGUUCCGUAUUUUUGUAGUAAGUGCGCAUGCACGAUCAUUGCAUGUCUGCGUGCCCCACUUCACUACACAAAAAUCUAAGGGUGCUUUUAGAGGUAAUAUGGCAGUUCAACAAAUCGUGUAGAAUUCACAGUGUGUACUGUGGUUGAAAUACUACGAAACUGUAGAGGCUUAAAUCCUUCAGUUGUAACUGCUACUUUUGUUUAAAUAGAGACUGUACUAGUAAAACAAUAGUACACUAUUUUACAUAUAUGUAUAGUUUCUGAUUUGAAUCCAUACAUUCGUCAGCACCACGUGGUGACAUAUUACCUUGCGGACAGAAAUGAUUAAUUGACUAAUCCAAGGAGUUAAUGGUUUCUACCUGCUGUUUCCAAUGUUCUCAUUGCACUGUUUUGUUUUUUUAGCAUUCAGGCUCUGGCUGACUAAACUUGGCAGAUAGUGUUUUAAUUUCUAUUAGGCCGCUGUUAACGGAUGGUUGUUUGUAUAACUGGUUCUGUUAGCAUUUGUUGGUGUUGUAGGAUUAACGCCUUUGCCACCGAUAGUGAACAGGUCGUGUUCGGGUUCAUAACAUGGUAGGCGGUCAGUUUUGAUGUCUGGUAAUUUCUAGGUCGUUUUCCUCAAUUAUUUCUUGAUGUGGAGCUUUGAAGUCUACUGUUCAUACUUCUUAGGUGCAUAGUUUGUUUUUCCGAUUUCCUAGAUGGUUUUACAUAUUUCUUUAAUCUAUAACGGAGUGAUGGUCAUUUGUAAGUCAGUUAGAUUUUUAUGGGAGUUCUAGGACACCAUGUGUGUCGGUCGAUGAUCCCUAUCCGUGGUGACACAAAUCGAAUAAUUUGUAUGUAUUAUUUAACGUAUAUUCGUAUGUUUCCUGUGAAUAUUGGUUGUCACCAAUUAUACUGUUCUUGUUUACCUUUCUGCUGCUGAUUUUCUUCAGUGUGAUCUAACUUCACUGUUCUUUUUCACCUAUCCAUUGAUAUGAAUGAAACCCUUGAGAUUCAGUGCUCAUCUAUAUUUUUCCGAACUUAAUUGUAUGUCGUGUCUUGGUUGUUAUAGCACACCAGGGAUGUUACGCAAGGUUCCGAAAAUAGCAUUCACGUAUUUUACUGGGGCCCUCCAGACGUUGAGAACUAGUGGUUUGACUAUUGAAGAUUCACCUCAAAAUCGACUUCAGAUUUAUCAGCUCUUAAUUUUCGGACUCACUAGAAUCUCGUUGUUUUCCACGUAGUUAUCCUCUCUCGUAUAUUCCCGUUCGUUGUAGUGACUUUGAGUUUUUUCUCAACCUUUGUGUGCCAUAUGGAGUUUGGCAACUUGAACUGCUGCUAGGUUUUACGUUGAAAACCCAAUCUGAGAGGCUGUCCAACUGGCUGCAACAUAUGCAGUGUCAAGCUAAACUUGGGAAGGUCUUUUAACAGUAGUUUUUCACUACCCGUAUAGGUGAAGUAAACACUUGAUUCAGGGCCUGUUUAUCCUCAUGUUUUGGAAGGAGCAGUUCUUCCUUUCCUUGACGGUGAUUGAUAGUUGCACCGCCUGUCUUUGUUCAUGUUUGGGUUGAUGUUAAUAAUGGGCAUUUCAAACGACGUGAUUCUUUACCAGGAGGAAACGCUUCAGUGGACAUGCACUUUUCAAUUUUGGUUGAUUUUACGUGGACGAAUGCAUAUAUUUUUCAAUUUAAAAGAUGACGGGUGUUUACGAACUGAAACCAAACUGUGAGUGUACUAAAUGUUAAGGGAAUUCGCUCUGCGUGAUUUUAUGUACACAGUGGAUUAUCAGUGGUCUGCCGCGUAGGGUUAUUUUGGGUGAUUGGUCAUUGUCUAUGUUAUUAUUGGCCAUUCCCCUUAAGUUUACAGUAAUGCAGGUGUAUGUAGUCUUUAUCGUUCUCAUUGAUCAUUACUUAUAUCACUUAUCCAAACGUGUAUUCGGUGUAGUUUCAUUGUGUUUCUAUUUGUGUUUAUGUAAAUGUUCAGAAAUAUGAACUUAUACAGUGCCACGCCUAACUGGUGUGUCUAUGUGUGCUGGUGUUUGCCGGGUGACUGACUCCGGCUAGUGUUAUACUGUGCAAUCAUCAAUUAUUUCAUAUACCUAGGUUUGAACAGUAUCAUUAGGCGUUUCAGAAUAGCUGAUUUUAAUUGCCGAGUACGCUAACUUGUAUAUAGAUGUCGAGUUUCAGGAGUAUUUCUAAUUUUUAAAAUUUAAGUUUUAUAAUCAUUGUUAAUCCCCUCAAAAAUUGUGCAGCUUCAACGUCGAACGUGCAGUUAUUUCUUACUUUACUGGUUCUUCAUGGUUGAUUUUAAUGGUAUUUUCCAUGUAAUCAGUUUCUUUCUCUAUCUGUUGUACAGUUGUGUAUCACUACAUGUACACUAGUGACUGUUUUUCUUUAGAUUACUCAUCUUAGUAGGGUCUAUCGUAGUUCAUUUGCGUAAAUUCGACUAUCAGUUAGUGAGUCCCAAGUUCGAAUUCCGUUCCACCUACUUAAUCCUGGAUAACUGCGUAGUAUUGUCAACUGUGAUACAAUUAGUGAGACCAAGUUUGAUACAUUGGAAACCUAAUAUGCGUAACUAGGUUUUGACAAUAGUUAUUCGAUGGCAUUUGGUAAGUUGAGUUAUUCUGUCUACUUGAGUUAGUAGGAUCUGUAGGAUUAUGCAGUUUCAUUUUGAGUAAGUGUCUAGGUUUGAAAGCUGCUUCAUCACAGUUUAAAUAAGUCUGUCUGUUUUCGACAUAGAACUUUGCACAUGUGUGGGGCAGUUCAAGUCGCCGCACUCCAUGUAGCACACAAAGCAAGAGAAGGUAAAAGAAAUGCAUAAUAGAGACAGUAAAUAGGGAUAUGAGGCAAAAAGAAUAGUAAUAACGAAAAACAACAGUUUUAUUGGGCAGUAUAAGUCUCAAAGAGUAGAUGCGUCUGCGCCACAGAACGAUUUUGAGCCAUAUCACUGAUUGUUUCCAGCCAUUGGUUUUUACCAUCCUGAGGACCCCAACCAGACAGCCAGUCUACACCUCCCUACGUGACUGGUUUAAACUAACUGCUGUGGAUUUCAUUGACUGGUGAAGCCAUGUUUUGGUUUGACCGCCGCUAGCUCUUUUCCAGACUGACCCUACGUCAGCUAACAUCGCCCGUCGAGGAAGGCGAUGACUAGGCAUACGUAACACGUGUCUUAACCAUCUCAACCGGUGUAGCUUCAUAGCCUCGUCGAUUGAUUUCUCCUCCUUACCUAGAACUCGACGCCUCACCUCAAUAUUGCUCACCUUAUUAUACCACUUCACACGGGAGAUAGAGCGCAGACACCUAUGGUCAAGGACAACUAAUCCCUGUGUCUCUGAAGUGAGUUAGGGUUAAGUCAAUCAGUACAUCUAUGAUGAAAUUGAAUAGAAAUGGGGAUAAUGGGCAUCCCUGACGGACGCCAUUAGUUGUCACCACUUUAGACGACAACUCGCCGUAAGCCCUCAUCUGGCUGCUUGUGUUCGAGUAAAGUGACUUUAAAUAAGGAUUUUACAUAUCUGUUUCAGGCUAGACCACGGAUUCAUAUCAGUUAGAUAACCAUUAAAAACCAGGGAGUACUGGACAGCUGUUUCAUCCCAGUACGGGGCUCAUCGGCAGUACGCACCCUUAGGGUUUUACAUAAUUUGCCAGCGUUCUUUCCUUUGAGUACCUCUCUUAGAAUCUUUAUUUCUACCGAGUAUCCAGAAAUUUUCCGAUUAAUUUUGAAUACCUACAGUAUGUUUACAUUUUUUCAUAAUCAUCAUGAGUAUAACAUCGAGCGAAAAAUAGGGUGUACUUAAUAGAAUAGUUCGUCGAAUGUGUAAAUGUUGGAAAUGAGUGUAGACUUAAUAAGGCUAGUGGGUAAUUAAAAUAUUACGUAGGAAAGUGAGAAUUCUGUUUAGGCACCAUUGCAAAGGUCGAAUAAGUAAAGGGUAACAAGAAGCAUAAUUCCGGAAACUGUUCAAGGUGUAAAUAAUGACAAAGUAAUAAGGGAUGGAUAAAAACAAUAAAUAGAAUCGAGGAUGAAAUGGGGAUUAUAUUAGUUUGACAUAGACGGAUUAAGACCGUGAAAGUGGGAGUGGUUGAGCAAACUUCUGAAUUAAAAACUUACUUUUCUGUUGCGAUAACCAAAGCUACAGCAAUACGGAUGAUUCCGAAGUGUAAUGAUUUUGGCAGGUUAUUUUCACCUUAUAGAUAACUUGAAAAGAAGAGGUUGUAGGUAUAGGGUAACCAGUGUUGACCAGAUGUUCAAUAACUGAGGUUCUUGUCGCUCUACUUCCACGUCUUCGUAGUCACGCAGCGUAGUUUCCUUACGCUUUUUUGGACAAAACUGGCAUCCACCGACCGGUCCAAAGAAGUAGGUGGAUUCGUAGACAGUAAUGGUCGGCCUGAAAAAUAUUAUUCUCAAGAUGCUGCAGUGUGUACUUCUUAAUUACUGUGACAUCCUUUUAAGGAUAUCGGCAGGUAGGCAAUCAGUACUUAAACAAAAAACCAAAGUUACAUUGUCCCUUCUAACAAAACUGCACCAAGAACAGUUUAAACAGUUGAAAUUAAAUGGAGAUCUAUUAAUGUUAUUAUCGAAUUUAAUAUAAUUUUUUCAAUAUUAUUUAAUCAGGAUUCUCGCCUUCCUGUGUAACGUUUCAACUACUCACUAGUCCCGUUAAUUCUACACCCCUUUCUAAGAUCAGUACAUACCAUGAACUAUUUUGUAAAGUGUACAACUUAUUCUGCACCGGAUGAAUAAUUGGAAUUCUUAAAGUUGAUGGUUUCUAAAGUAGCUCUGAAACACUUGGUUAAGACUCUGAUAGAAUGUUACGGUAUCUAAAUGCCUUUUUGGGGUGGUGCUGCACUUUUUAGACACAAUGACACACGCCUUUGCCUUUUCGUUUAAUUUCAUAAUCAAGCACCGUUCAGUUUAUCAUUGGAAAUGUGAUAAGUGCUAUGGAUGUGUUCUCAUAUCUGUCCAAUUUCGCCUUUGGUUUUUUGGACAAUAUGCAAAUGAGACGUUUACUAAGUUGUAUGAGUCAGGUGUUCCUAAAUAUUCAUGAAUACAUCUACUGUAGCUAAAAAUACUUAUUACUUCGUUGUUAUUUAUAUUCGUAUAUAUAUUCUAUCUCGAAAAUGGCAAACGAUGAAGAUAACUGGAUCUCUGUUUGGAUCUCUUCUAUCAGUUGUUUUCUAACCGCUUAUUCAGUCAUUUUUUAUAUUGACUUAUAAUGUCGGAACCGGUCAUUUCCUAACUUCCCAUCUAAUUAUGCUCCAGCUUUUACUUCAUUUCAUAUGAAAUGCUGCCAAGUUGGAUGGCAGAUAGACUAACUGAAUUACAAGACGCAAUUAAUUUACAGGCGGAAAAUCUGUGUAACGCAAUCGGUGUGAUACAACAAAUUGCUCAGCCUAGCUUUUUUGCUGAUUUUAAUUGGGCGUCUAGAUCAACCAAACCAGAAUAUCAAGCAUUUCUUCAGUCUCAAUCACCAGAGGAUAUUAGUCGAAAUUUUGCAGUCGCGAUUUCUUCAACUGCAAAACAGUUGGAUGUACUGAUCGGAGCUUUACCAGAAGAAGAAGCCAGUGCAGAUAUUCAACGGGCAACUGUUCAGAAACUUCUUGAAGCCUAUAGAACAGAAGGCGUGAAGCUUACACGUAUCACAAAUAGACUCGAGUCAAGGUUAGCUGAAAAUCAGAGGUCUACAGAGAAUUUUAUGGAUACUAAACCAGAUCCGUUGUUGUUUGACUCGACCUAUGAAGUUCCUGAUUCCCUUUUACCUUCAUCAUCUAAAUCACCACCGAUUUCACAUGUUUCUUGGCUUACAUACUUAACUGUCAUAUUUCUAGUGAUUUUAUUCUUUCGGGUUUGCUUUUCAUUUGGCGCUGUGGAUCGACUACACAGCCUUCUAAACUUCAUAUUAACCAUAGCCACAUCUUCUGGUCGACGACAGAGGGCGCUGCGUAAAAUGUGUGCAACUGAGUUAGAAGCUCUGAGAAACCAAAUAAAAACUGUGCAUAUGGUUGAUAAUUUUGCUACUUAUUCAAAAUUAGAACGAAAAAUAAAGGCUUUAGAGCGUCAGCUGAGGGAUCUAGCUCCUGAAACACUGGUCGGAUCUGUGAGUUUGAUGCAUUUUUAGUGGGUUUUGUUUUUAUUGCUGUUAAAAGUUGAUAGGUAAUUGUUUUUAAGAUAUUUCUGUAUAUUACUUCAAAGUAUCACUUUUCAGUAUAUCGUAAAAUUUACUAGGAUGAAGGGGAAAAGAAAUUACGAGAAUUAUCACGUUUUAACACGAUCUGAAAAAGAGCGGGCGCUAUUUCUAGUGAAAUAUUCACGUCUACUUAAGAAAAAUACUGUAAAAUCUGAUGUGUGCUUUCAGAAAAUGUCGGUCAUUUUUAAUUACGAAUUGGGGCAAAGUUAAACUAUCAUAGCCAGAAACACAGUGACCUCAAACAACCAAUCAGGAUUCACAUACAACAAAGUCGCAUAAUAGUUGGAAAAUGCACUGAAAACCACUGAAAACAUGAUAUAACACUAUAGUUGUCGAUUAUAUCUUGUAAGAGUGUCUCUCAAUUACUACUACACAAAUAAUCUAUAAAGAAAUCAUACCAUGCAUGAUAGAUGCAUUCAUCCAGGUGGCUGUAGUAUAUGGUACUUUAAGAUCUAUUACUAUUUUGACACUGUUCUAUUAGCCUACUUCUAACUCUAACUAUAAUCCUGACUCCUAAUCCCAACCUUAACCCUAAACCCUGAUCUACAACACCACUUAACAGUAUAGAAUUACAGAAAAAGUAACUAAGGUAUAAGUGGAUAACUGUAUCUACCUUCUUCAAGUCCAAAAAGGCAAACAUGAUAUGAUUUGGAAUGAUCUUUCAUAGUGUCUAUCCCCUGUAUCUGACUGGUUCUUGAAGUUCAACUUUUGAGAGACCUUGACUGUGGGGCUAUGAUAGUUUAACUUCGCCUGAAUUGGUUUUUAUUAGAAAUAUCUUGGAUAUAUUUUUCUCAAAUACAAAUAAAGACUUAAUCGACUGUAUUCUCAUCUAUAUAAUUAAACCACUCAUUCAGUGUACUUCAAUGCCCUCUCUGGUGUUGGUGAAAUACCUGCUUAUCUUUUGAAGACUGCGUUCAACAGUCUACUUUUCUCAACAUUAUAGUUACCCCAGAUAUGACGAAUUAACAAUGAAAUGCAUUGAAUGGCUACAUGAACACAUAACCAUUGUUUGUAUGUCAGAAUAAGUAUUCUGGCAAAUAUUUCACUAAUGUUACGAAUAGCUAUUCGAAAAUAGGAUUUUUCUGUAAUGUUUGCUAUUCGACUCAGUUACUAUAAAAGAGCGGGUGUACUGCUCAUCAGUCCG